AUGGUGAUACAACCCGCAUGGUUGAACUUGGCCAAUAAAGGUAAAAAAGUCACCGAAAUGGAUCAUUCACCAUCAGAGCCAGUCUCACCUGGUCGGCGGCAUCUCAUGCGCCCGUUGCUGCUCGUCUUGGCGUUCAUUUUCGCCCUCUUCGUCGCUCUCGUCCAGAUCUUGACUCUUACGGCCGGCACCUGGGUAAUCCGCGACAGCAACGGUGCCCAACGUCUUGGGCUGUCGAGCCUCGCUAUAGUGGAGUUCGACGGCAUCAUCGCAUCGCAAACGAACCCAAACACCUACCUCGUAACAUUGCACCAAUUCGCCGCCUCCUUCGCCUAUACCUACCCAUCCAAAUCCCUCGCAGGCACUCUCGACUCAUCCCCUCACCUCCCCUACGAUUUCGGCGCCGUCGCCCACGCCCUCCGCCUCCCAGAGUCCGAAUGGGCAUGCUACCACUUCGCCCAAGACGCCUGCCAGAACAACCCCUUCCUCAGCGCCUUUCGCAACUCGUGGCUCAUCCUCCCCACCGCGACAGCCAACAUCGCCCUCGUAUAUGCGCUCGUCGUGGUAUCCUACCUCUUCGUCACGGAGCUGCUCAUCGCCGUGCGGCCGAGCUGGCUGCGAUGCCAGUGCUACUUCUCAUGUAUCAAGCGCGUGUGUCCGUGUCCGCGCGGGACGAGGGCGGAGAUUGAGGCGUUGCCGCCGGUGUUUUGGGAUCGGUAUCGCGGGUGGUGCUGGUUUAUGUUGCCGGCUGCGGCGUUUUUGCCGGCGUUUACGUUGGGAGGGAACGGGAUGCUGCUGAAGGAAUACGUUAACCGGCCGAGGGGUCUGGAGGGGGAUGUCAAUGGGCGGUUUGGGACGGGCUUUGUGAUUUUGCAGGCGCUUUGUUUCGCGGCUUCAGUUGCGGGGGCUGGGUGUAUGGUGUUGAGGAGACGACUGGGAAUGAGGAAGAGUUGGAUGGAGGAGCAGGGUGUCGGGUUGAAGAGAGGGGCCUGA